UAAGAAACGCAUCGUCUUCAACUCAGCUCGGAAAUGUCCUCGAUGAAGGACUUAAACGUGACCUUUGAAGCUAUCAACGAAGACGGUAGUUAUUCUGAAGGAGAUACUAUAGUGGGCAGUGUUAGUUUCAGGCUGACAAAAGAGGUUAAAGUUAAGAGCCUUUCUGUAAAAGCCAAAGGAGACGUCAAGGCAGAAUGGACAGAAGGAACAGGAUAUUUCCAGAUUACCCACACUGCAAAAAGGAGAUAUUUUAAAGUGAAGGAGUACUUAAUUGCAAGAAAUGGUAAAGGCACUGUACUUCCCAAAGGGGUCCACACGUUUAGGUUCGGGCUCAAAAUCCCAGAGGGGAGCAUGCCUUCAUCCUUCAAGGGGGUAUAUGGAAAAAUUGUGUACAUGUUUGAAGCAAAUAUGUCCAGGAGCUGGUGGUGGCCUUCUAAAGUUAAAAAGAAGAUCAACUUCAUUUCCAAGACGUUUCAACAGUUUUGGGAAGUGACGGUAAACACUGCACUGAUACGUGCUAUAAAUGUGAUAUUUGGAAAGUGCUUUGUGAAAAAACUCACAUUAAAAAUCACACGCAUGAAAUUGUAAACAUGUUUGUCUAUGUGGUCUGUCAUAGCAUCCACAAUCUGGUACAGUGAGUAAAAACAUAGGUGGGCUCUCCCAGGGAUGGGUCCAAAUGUCUGCUACUACUGACAGGAAUGUUUGCACUCCAGGUGAAACUAUAUCUGUUGUUGCCCAAAUCUGCAACUCCUCUUCCAAGAACACGAGGCCCAAAUUCAAACUUGAACAAAAAACAGUAUUUCGCUGCAAUGAGUCUACUAAGAAGUGGGUGAUGAAUCUGUUCAAAGAGGUCGGGGAAACUAUCAGUCCAAACUCAGAGCGAACUGUCUCCUGCCAGUUGAAGAUUCCUGAUGAUGCCAUCUCCACUAUCCAUAACUGUGAAAUCAUCUCAGUUGAAUAUUACAUAAAGGUGUAUCUGGACAUUAGCUUUGCCUUUGACCCAGAGGUGGUGUUUCCACUGGUCAUCGUUCCUUCCAGAUGUGCAGCCAUUCAGCCUGGUGAGGCUGUGGGGGCUUACCCACCUGGGACAACUGUGGUCACAAGUUAAAGCAACUUCGCUUCCCCUGCCUUCCACACUGGAUUUGGCUCUGAGCCCACAGUGUCAGGUCACUACCCCACCCCAGAUGCUACUCAGCAUGAUAAUAUAACAAGUGGCAAUUCUAACUAGUGGUCACACGGUGCUACUGCACAGGGGAUUUCAGCUCCAGUUUUUAAAGCACCUUUAAUGCAACAUCCAGGUCCUACUCUGACUACUUUUCUACAGGGGGAACAACCUCCAUUAUAUACGUCCAUUUACCAGCAUCAAAAUGAAACACUGUGAGUGUAAGUGAAUGGGCCAAAUAUUAAUAGCUGGGGACACCUCAAAAGUCACAGUUGGGUAUGGGUUAAACAGGGUUCAGAAGGCAGAAUCAUAAAGCUGCCCCCUUCUUGUUGAUGAUCAACUGGCAGGACAGAAUGAGGCCUUCCAGCUGUUGUCCCACAAAGGAAUUAAAUGUUUUAUACAAAAACUGUGUUUUUAAUAUUUAAUCUUUUGGAGGGAAAAUAAGACUAACUGGACAAAUCAUGAAUGUGUUCAGUUGCAGAAAGUUUCUAUGUCCUAUACCCUAUUUAGACGUAGCUGGCCAUAUACUAUACCUAGUAAUCAGAGCUGUACCCCAAAACUGUGACUUUUAAAGGGCCUGAAAAAAUGGGACUGGGGGUUAAAUCAUGUGACUGAGCAGUUUUCACCUCUUGAUAUCAGUAGGGUAACCAGAGACACAAGAAGUGACAGAACAAACAAUAAGAGAAGUAAGUGAUUUUCCUUUAGUCAGUCUUCUACUCUCUAUACUCCACAUAACAAUUUGUUUAACAACAGACAUGUUUUUAGUUAUAGAUCACAUU